ACAAUUUGUAAACAAAUGUAAAAUGGCAACUGUUGAUGAAAAGGUGGAGAAUAUACCGCCAGAAGAUGAUAAUUCCAGUCAGAAUUCGGUACCCAAGCUUCCACCAGAUGAGAACUCAAAGGGAUCAACCACUGGCCAAGAGGAGAAGGAGAAACUGUACGACAUGAGCAGAAUCCGCGCAUUUGGAAAUGUUCCCUUUCUGAUAAAGCGCACGGAGCCCCAGGACAUGACAUUGACUUAUGGCGAGGCGGUGGACAAAGUGCAGAUACUGCUGGAAUUCCUGGAAAGCAACAAGGUUCCAGCCGGAGCAGGAAUUGCCCUCCGCAUCACGGAUCACACGCCGGCCUCCUGUCUUCUGAUUCUUGCAAUUCUUAACCAUAAGUGCCACUUCUAUCCCACGGACAAGAUGCUGCUUUCCCAGGCGCUGUACGAACGCAUGAGCAUGGCCGGAGUGGAGUAUCUCCUGGUCAACAAACAUUUGGCCGUUGGGCAUUUAAACUUUACGCGUCUGAGCAGCAUACUUUUGUUCAACGAGGACUGCAAACUGUACAAGGUGAAGCACAAACCCACCGAUCCUGCUGUGCAGGCCAAAAAGCCCCUUCCCGCCAAUAUGUGCUACACCAUUUCCACAACGGGGAGUACGGGAAGCCCCAAGCUGAUACAUGUGCCCUACGAAUGCAUCGCCCCCAAUAUAGUGGCACUCAGCCAGAAGCUGAACGUCUCCAUGGCCGACAUCAUUUACCUGGGCACACCCUGCACCUUCGAUCCCUUCGUGGUGGAGUUCUUUCUGGCCUUGCAAAACGGGGCUACUUUACUGACCAGCCAUCACUCGAUGAAGGACUCGCCCAGUCGGGUGCUGAGUGCCCUGUUUCCCGACAACCUGGUCAAGCCGGGAAUCAGCAUCUUGCAAAUGACCCCGUCCCUGUUCCGGCAAUUCGGAGCCACUUCCAUCCGCGAGCGUGUGCUAAGCAGCUCCAGUUCACUGAGAGUGCUGCUCCUUGGUGGCGAGCCGUUCCCCUCCAAUGCAGAGCUCGUUACUUGGAUGGAUCCGAGUGUCCUGUUGCAGAAACACAUAUGCAAUAUCUAUGGAAUUACAGAGAUAUCCUGCUGGAGCCUCCUGCACAUCGUUCAGUCACUACAAAGUCAAAUAAGCUUGGGCACGCCCAUUGACGAAGACACGAUUUUACAGAUUAAAUGCCAGAACGAUGGAGAUUCACAGCAAGGAGAGCUCCUUCUGGGCAGUGCCACGCGGCGUUGCUACAUACCAGAAAUAGAUGACAAGUUGGACACACAGAAAGGCGAUUCCUCCAUUUGUUUCAGAGCCACCGGAGAUCUAGUCACCCGACUGAAGGACGGAACCAUAUUGUAUGGAGAGCGGGCAAACGAUGUGGUAAAGCGAGCCGGUAAUCGCAUAAGCUUGGGUUUAAUCACUCGCAAAAUACAAAAAUGUCUGCUCAGCAGCGAACUGGCCACUUGCCUUUGGCUUGAGGAUUUGCAGAAGCUUAUCUGCUGCAUUCGCACCCAGGAGCCAAAGACCAGAGUUCAACAGCGCGCCCAGACCUUUGAUAUUCUCUCCAAGGUGUCGAUUGCCGAACAGCCAGACAGAUUUGUCUAUCUGCAACACUUUCCCUGCAACGUUCAUGGCAAACUGGACAAACAACUGCUACUCAAGGAAUGUAUUCCCCUUGCUCAACCUGCUCAGCAAAUACUGAAGAGUUAUCUGCACGAUAGACUGGAAUGUGUGGAGGACACUGACGAGAAAUCGGUGAAGAGGCAGCGACUGGAGGACAGCAAUCCCUGUGGCUAUGACUUGAGCUUCCGCCAGGCGGGUGGCACAUCCUUCCAUGCCAUCACAAUCUGCCGAGAGAUUGGUUUGCAAAUGUGCAUCGAUGAUGAGCAGCGCCACUUAUUCGAGAUGCUGCUGGACGAGAACAUUCCGUUGCGCACAGUGUUGAGGUUUUUGGACACGGCCAAGUUGGUGGCCAACAAUAUCAAACUGAAGCCCGUUGAGCCGGCGGCAGUUACCACCUGCCAUGGUGGCCUGAUCAUCAAACGCAUUGAACAGCCAGUGCUCAAGCUUCAGUUUCACUGGAAGGUGAACUUCGAAAAGUGUGUAGACUCGCCAGUCGCCGAGUACGAGGGUCGCUACGUCUGCGUGGGCGCUCAUUCCAAAAUUCUGCGCACUCUGGAUCCUUUGACGGGCAGCGAGCUUAGCAAAGUCAGGCUACCCAACCGCAUCGAGUGCAAGGUGACGUUUCUUAGCGAGCAACUGGCCAUGGUGGGCUGCUACGAUGGUUGCCUUUACGGCUUCAAUCCCCAAACCGGUGACAUUGUGUUUAACGUGGGAAUUGGAGGCAUGAUUAAGUCCCAGCCCUUGCUCACCGCCGACGGCCGUCGGAUCAUAGUGUGCAGCUAUGCGGAGGACUACAAUGUCUAUUGCUUGUCCGCCGAACGGCAGGAGGUGCUCUGGUGCUUGAGGAUUGGCGAGAAGCCCAUUUUCGCCGGCCCUCUGGAGCUGCCAAACGAACAGUCGCUGAUCAUCUGCACUUUGGACGGCAGCUAUGCGCGUGUGGCCAUCACCGAUGGUUCGGUGGAGUGGACGCAAAAGUUAAAAGAACCCAUCUUUUCCACACCCGUCCUUUUGGAAUCCAAAUCCAAUAUCUUUCUGAGCGCUGAAGUGGCUGGACGAAUUCACGCCUGUCAUGUGGGUAAUGGAAAAAUUUUGGCCACUUAUAGCACAGAGGGAAACGUCUUCUCCUCGCUGGUGGUCAAGACUCCACCGACGUUCAUGGGACACUCUUUUGUGGUUUUCGGUUGCAUCGACCAGCAUGUUUAUUGCUUGCGAUGCAAAACAGGAUCGGGCUCGACGGUAUCGACUAUUGACUUUGAGCUGCACUGGAAGAUCAACCUGGGAGCACCCAUCUAUGCCACGCCCAGUCUGCUCACAGUGCAACCGAACGGACUACUGGUUUGGUGCGGCGCCACCGAUGGCCGCGUCGUCCUGAUAAACUUCAGAAACGGAGAGAUUCAGUGGUCAGAUAAACUUCCCGGCGAAGUCUUCUCUAGUGCCUGCUAUAUUGAGAGCCUGCGACGGGUGUACGUGGGAUGUCGAGAUAACUUCCUCUACUGCCUCGGCAUUUAGAUAUAUACAAAAAUUCCAUACAAUUCCAUUUUCAAGCUGUUUAUAUGUUAACGUGAAGAUUGAAAACGUGCCCUAAUAUGUACAAAAUAUUCCUUAAAAUAUAACAUCCAGUUUUCUAUGUGAAAUUAAAUUAUUAAUCGACAUCAAAUUGAUGUUAAUAAUUUUCUACACAUGAA